GAAGAGGCCAAGAUUAACAUGGACAUCAUACAGAUCGGCAUUCCUGAUUUAUAUGAAAACUUGUCGCUGAAAACGACCGGUUUGUUCAACUGGCUGUACAGAUCCUGCGCCAAAGUGGAUUUCGUUCUCAAAGUGGACGACGAUGUCUACGUCAACGUGCGCAAUUUAGCCCAUUUCGUUCAAACCUUUCAUCAAUCAAAUCAGAGUAUGUUUGGCUUGUCGUCACUUCAUCCUGACUUCUGGCCUCAACGAGAAGGUAAAUGGAGCAUAUCGUUUGAGGAUUGGCCAUGGAAUAGCUAUCCACCUUCUUAUGAAGGACCUGUUGUAUUGUUCCCCAACAGUGUCAUCUUUCCCAUGUUGGCUGCUAUGCAAACCACUCCUUUGAUGCCAUUCGAAGACGUUUACUACACUGGCCUCUGCAGAGAGAAAGCUGGCAUCAAAAUUCAUCUUUAUACAAAUUCAACAAUUAGCCGCGUCGGUACAACUCAAAUGUCAAGUAAUCCCUCUCCCUGCGAAAUACGACGGUUUGUUGCGUGGGUGAAGCAUGGAUUUGAAACUGAAAAGCGUAUGAAGAGUUCACAUGUAGCCACCGACGACUUCUAUCACAAUAGGACUCGGUGCAUAAUCAUCGAUGCAAAUGGAAACAACAGCAAAGUCAUCAACCCCUCUGAUCCAGUCCAAUUCGGUUUCCUUUAAAUUUCAAGACAUGUGAC